AUGCCUUGCGCCACCGAGGUCGUCCAUGGCGAGGGAGGCACAAUCAAAGUAGGUACAACGGGUACCAUCGGCUCGCUCAUGACGAGAGAACUGGACACAAUCAAGGUGGCGCCACAGGCAGCUGCAGGCACCCCACGCCUGAGGCACCAAGGCCGUCCGGUCUCAGUGCUAUGUGGAGCCACUACUCCUCGGAAGCUCAUGCUGAGGAAAAGCUCAUCGGACAUCUCCAGCAGCAGCAGCAGCAGUAACAACAGGACCGACCGCGUGAGCGUCGAAGAGGCCUGCAAGCCGAGGAGGGUCUCGGGGAGAAACACCUUCGACUCUCCAAUGCUGCGCUCCGACGGCGCGCUCGUGGACCGGACCCCGAAGGCUGGCAAGGCGAAGAAGAAGGGGAGCGUGUACGGCGUCGAGGUGGUGGACGUCAAGUGCGGCAACCCGAUGAGCAGCCGGCUCAGGAAGCUCGGCUUCUCCAAGCUGUCGGAGACGUUUGCGUAG